UUAUUAAAUACUGCUCAAGAUAUCCAGAAAACAGUGCUAAAAGGAAUUAUUAACAGUCUGUUAAGAGAAUGGAAAGGGCCAAGAACAAAGGAUGACCUUCGAGCCUAUUUUAUUCUAACACAGAAUCCACAGUUCAGCAGCACCUCUACUUAUGUCAUCUACGCACAUCUGCUUAGACAAAUCACCACACUGUCAGAUGCGGACCACAAUUUGUUAAUACAUUGGUUCAAAAAGAUGUCACCAAAGCGUUUCAAGCAGUUGGUUGACCGAUUGUUACAGUUCAUAUCCUUGCGCCUUUUUCCUGCAAAGCCUGAAGAGUUUCCACCGGUAGCAAAGUGCACUUGGUGGAUUCCAUCUGCAAUCAAAGUGCUAGCUUUGCUAAAUGCUGCAAACUCUCUUUGCAAUCCACCAAUUAUUCCUUACACCGACUUCUAUAAUUCCACUUUGGAUCAUAUUGAUCUUAUGGAAGACUAUCAAACCUGGCAGUUUUAUGGCAGCACUCACAGGUUUUCAUUUUGUCAGUUUCCUUUUGUCCUCUCCAUUGCUGCAAAAAAAGUCAUCAUCCAGAAGGACUCUGAGCAACAGAUGAUCAGCAUUGCAAGACAAAGCCUUGUGGAUAAAGUAGCUAGGCGGCAAAAGCCAGAUAUGAAUAUGUUGUUUCUUAAUAUUAAAGUGAGGCGACUGCAACUGGUCAGUGAUUCGCUUGAUGAGCUUACAAGAAAACGGGCAGACCUGAAGAAAAAGUUGAAGGUUACUUUUGUUGGGGAAGCUGGUCUUGACAUGGGUGGCCUAACUAAGGAGUGGUUUCUCCUGCUAAUCAGACAAAUUUUCCAUCCUGACUAUGGUAUGUUCACCUUUCACAAAGACUCAAACUUUCAUUGGUUUAGCAGCUUUAAGUGUGAUAACUAUUCAGAGUUUCGUCUGGUUGGAACUUUGAUGGGACUGGCUGUGUACAACAGCAUAACCCUAGAUAUUCGAUUUCCACCCUGCUGUUACAAGAAGCUGCUGAGUCCUCCUGUAGUACCCUGUGAUCAGAACAUACCAGUAGGCAUCGCAACUGUCACUCUGGAGGAUCUCUAUCAAAUAAUGCCGGAACUGGCUCAUGGACUGAAUGAACUUCUAACAUAUGAGGGCAAUGUGGAAGAGGAUUUCUAUUCAACAUUCCAGGUCUUUCAAGAAGAGUUUGGAGUCAUUAAAUCAUACAGUCUUAAACCUGGUGGAGACAAAAUUCCUGUUACCAAUCAGAACAGAAAAGAAUAUGUCCAGCUGUAUGUAGACUUUCUGCUUAAUAAAUCCAUCUACAAGCAAUUCUCUGCCUUUUAUUAUGGUUUCCACAGUGUAUGUUCCUCUAAUGCAUUGAUGUUACUGCGUCCAGAAGAAGUGGAGAUUCUUGUUUGUGGAAGUCCUGAACUAGAUUUGCAUGCACUCCAGAAAAAUACUCAAUAUGACGGAUACCAGAAAACAGAUCUUACAAUCAGACAUUUUUGGGAUGUCGUUUUGGGAUUUCCUCUUGACCUUCAAAAGAAACUGCUUCACUUCACAACGGGGAGUGACAGAGUGCCAGUGGGAGGGAUGGCAGACUUGAACUUCAAGAUUUCAAAGAGUGAAACAUCAACUAACUGGUUGCCAGUUUCACACACGUGCUUUAACCAGCUGUGUUUACCCCCCUACAAAACAAAGAAGGAAUUAAAGCAGAAGCUGACAAUCGCCAUUUCCAAUGCAGAAGGAUUUGGCCUGCAGUAA